UGAUAUGUAUAUAUAAAUAUGUGUAUAUACAUAUAUAAAUGUACUAGUUGUUAAUUUCUAAUGUACUAGUACAUAUACUAAUGGACUAGUUUUUAAUUUCAGAGUUAUUCAGAAUAAAUUCAAAUGUAACAAUUUAUUAUUAGUAAGAUAAAUGUAUCAUCCCAGUUAGUAUCCAGAUACGUCCUUUGAUUUCUCAGAGAGAAGCCCUUCUCCAACUCUAGACCACACAAGGGAACAAAUUGGUAAAACAUGCUGACGUAUUAGUAAGUUGUGGGAAUCAAUUGUUCGUUUGUGGCCACAUUAUACAUAUUUUUUCCCCGACAUGUCAUGUUUUGGGGCUCCAUACUAAAUAUUCACAUGUCUAAUACCAUCCGCUGUAACUCUCCACUGUUAUGGCUACCUGACUCUCCCCUGUGUAAUGAACCUUGGACAACAUUACAGUUAACUGGCACUUUAAUAUCUUAGAUCAGUUACUGACCACACUAUGACUGUUAGCCUUAAUGCAGGGUUAUGGGCUGAAAUCUGAUCUCAGAUCAGCAAUUAGCGUGAUCACUCACUGACUGUAAUUGGUCCUCUGUGGUAAUGUGGUCGUGUCACUUUUCUACCUCCACACAUAAGGGUCACAGCGACUGCACACUUGAGUUCAGUUCUCCAUGUCUUUCAGCAGUGAUCCAGCUCUGUCCCUCCAUAUCUCUGUGGUACUCUGGCCUACGGGUCAUUUAAAUCAUGUGCUCGGUGUAAUCUAAAUAAGGUCCGUAUACCGCUCUGAGGAGAAUGGGAUGGGACACCUAAAACAGGGUGAUGUGGCUUUGUACACCGUAGCAAGCGCUCGUAUUGUGGGAUCCAAUUCGCAAGGGCGCAGUGAAGAUCUGUCAAAAAACAAACACUGAAACAGUGAUUGCCAUUGUACCGAUACUCUGUCCCAGUACUAAGAAAUUUGACUAAAUUUAAAGGAAACAAUCACAUGUGGAUAACAUCUCAGUGUUCUUGUGGGUGAACCAUCCGUUCAACAUUAGUGACACUAUCUGACUAGCUUCUCUGGAGCAACACACUUCACCGAUGGACCAGCCAGUGCCGCCAGUGCUGGAGAUCGAUGUGGAUUUGGGCUUUGCCAUCUUUUUUCUCUUUCUUCUCUGCCUCUUCUUGUUUGCUACUGUUGUGCGUUGCGCUCAAACAGUUGUGGAUCCAUACGGAGCCAUCUCCACCUCCACCUAUCAGGAGGAGCAGAUAAAUAACUAAUAUCCUGUGAUAUCAGCCAAUACAAACACACUGGAUGAAACGCAAGGGUUUUAUGAAAACUACAUCUGUGUUCAGAAUGGAGGACUAUGCAUUAUGCAAUGAUGAACAAUUGUCAAAUUCUCUGUCACAUGAUCAUUAUGUCAUUUUAAUCAUGAAAUGAGGUCUGUUAUGCCAGAAAUGAAUCAAAACAAAUUAUGUCAUCCAGUUAUGGCCAAAUGUUUGAACAAGCUGGAAAUAGAAGGAACUUUAAGUAACAUAAUUUUGUGUCCUGUCUUCU